GAAUGACCUGAGAGAGAGAAAAGGCGAGAAGCGAUCUCGUUAGAAUUAUCUCCGAUCACGCGGAGAAACACUGCCAUGAGAAUUACUAGGAAUUUCUAGCAGCAAAAACAAAAAAUCCAAGCAAAGCAAACAUUAAAUGAAAUCAGAGGUCUGCAUAUAGAUGGUGUCUCUGUGGUGAUGACGAAAGUACCCAGUGGAUGGCGUCGUUUCCUCAUCUUUCUUCCUCUCCUUUGCUUUCUUCCCUAUUUUUUCAGCGUUAGGGAAUUGCAUCAGAGCAAAACCUUCCAAGAUCUACCCACGAAAAAGGGCAAAAAGUUUGAUCAUUUGGUUCUUGGUCCAGCUGCUGGCGAAGGCUUGCCCAAUCGUCUGCAAUGCCAAGGCACUAAAGCUCUCAACAAGACCCAUUUUUCAACCUCCUCCCAUGCAUCCACUUUUGGAAACAACAUAGCAUUUGUCACUGUCUUUACCAUUUACAAUUCCUCCCUCGGUGUGCGUGCGGAUGAGAGGGCAUCAAACUUGGUUGUUGUUGGGAAUGCUUCAUAUAGCACAGAAGAGAGGUCAAUGGCCAUUUUGCACACUUUUGUUAACUUCAUUCAGGUGACAAUGCCUAAAACCAAUAUUUUCAUUCUUACAGACCCAGCAUCUGAUCUUUCAAUUAGCAGGAAUGGGGUAACUGUUUAUCCAAUCCAAGGUGAAUAUUCGCGAGACAAGUUGAUGCUUCAAAGAAUCAGGUCUUACAUUGCCUUCUUAGAAGCAAGGCUUUGGGAGCUUUCUCAGAAACCGGAGCACAUUAGUCACUACAUAUUCACCGACUCGGAUAUAGCUGUUGUUGAUGAUUUAGGACACAUAUUUCAUGACUUUCCAAAUUUUCAUCUGGCUUUCACCUUCAGGAAUAACAAAGCACAACCUCUGAAUUCAGGAUUCAUAGCUGUGAGGGGAACUGCUGAUGGCAUUUUAAGGGCAAAGAAAUUUUUACAAGAAGUGCUUGAAAUUUACAAAUCAAAGUACAUGAAUGCUUCUCGAAUGCUCGGGGAUCAGUUAGCUCUUGCUUGGGUUGUGAAGUCUCAUCCUUCUUUUGACGCGUCGAGAUUUUCCAAACCACGAGUUUUUCUUGAAGAUGUUGGUGGCGCCUCAGUAUUAUUUUUACCCUGUGCCACAUACAAUUGGACACCACCAGAAGGUGCUGGUCAAUUUCAUGGCAUGCCUUUAGAUGUCAAGGUUGUUCAUUUUAAAGGGUCAAGGAAACGCCUGAUGCUCGAGUCUUGGAAUUUCUUCAAUUCCUAUUCUGAUAUAUCAGAUAUGUUGUGCCUUGUCUUGAAGAGUGGAAGAACGAAGUAUGAUUUUUGAAUGUGUUGAUUUUUUUGUUUUAGCUUCAUUCUUGGAUUGUGCAACAGAAAUUUUGAUGGGAUACUGUUAAUUUUGUUGUAAAAAGAGAAGCUCGAUUUGUGUGUUUCAAUGAUA